UUGCAUCAUUUUUGAUCCAGCAGUGCGAAAACAAAAGGAAUUUCGUUUAGUCAUCGGAUCAGGGAGUCACAAUCUCGCGGAAGCAUCUGGUACAGUUUGGAAGCUUCUCCUGGUGGAUUCUUUAAAUUCAGGACGCGUUCGGGCAGCUGACGUCAUUCGUUUAGUUGGUGUCGCGAACACAGAGUGUUAAUUUUGAUUAAUGCUGGUUCUUAAGAGGAAUUGUUCGAGUUAAAGUAGAUCAGCAUCAAAAAUGGAAUUCCCUCAUUUAGGAAAACAUUGUUCGGAGAAAUAUUGCAACAAGCUCGAUUUCCUGCCAAUGAAAUGCGACGCUUGUGGGGAGAUUUUCUGCUCGGAGCACUUCAGCUACCAGACACAUUCCUGCCAUUCGGCGUACAAAAAGGACGUCCAGGUUCCGAUCUGUCCGCUAUGCGGCGAGCCAGUUCCUACGGCACGGGACGUUUCCCCGGAUGUGACCGUCGGGGCCCACAUUGACCAGUUUUGCAAAUCUGAGCGGAAGAAAAUCUACACCAAUCGAUGUUCGUUCAAAACCUGCAAAAAGAAAGAACUGGUUCCGUUUUCCUGCGGGGUUUGCAAGCGGAACUACUGCCUCAAGCAUCGUCACACCGUGGACCACGAAUGCCAGGGCGCAAGCAGUUCUGGAGCUCCGCCAGCAAGAAGCCUAGCUGCCCAGGCCGCAGUUCAACGUCAGCAACAGCAAAGUGUCCGCAGUGUGCCCCUUCAGUCAACAAGAUCGAAUGCUAGUCAGCUGGCCACGGCCGUUCAGGGUAACAUGUCCGAGGAUGAGGCCUUGGCCCGGGCACUGGCCUUGUCGUUGCAGGAGGAGGAGGACGAAAGAACUCGUGCGGAACGAGAUGCUGCCAACAAUGGGAGAAAUCCUCCGAACCGUAGUGGAAUAGCGGUGGGGGGCAACAGCGCUAAGGACAAGUGCAAUCUCUCGUGAUUGACACGGAUUAGGAUUAGAGGAAGGGACACUUUAGGAACGACAAUCGGUAAAUGCUUUUGGAGAAGGAGUUUUCUUUCUUUACCUUAGAGUACAUAGUUUAACACGUAUCAUAUUUGCUCGCUUUAUUCACUCUCAGUGCAGAUUAUAUCAAUGUUUAAGAUGAA